AUGGCAACGUGGAGCAACACCGGUACACCGACAGAGAGUCAGUCUCUUGUACCUGACAUGUCGGGGACAAUUCAAUACACAACUCCAUACCCAAACCAAUACUCAAACCCACACUCAACUCCACAGAUUCCGAUCUCGGGAAAGGACAUUCAGCCACCGGUCGGCAACGCUCCCCAGGUCAAUAGGGAUGCCACUCAACAGGAGGUCAACUUCCAAGCUGAGAAUCCUUUCAUUCAAGCGCCGGUCGGCAACGCGUCAACAGUGAACAAAGAUGCUGCUCAACAGCAGGUCAACUUCCAAGCUGGAAACCCUCUUGUUCACCCACCGGGCGGUACCGCUUCACAGGUCAACAGUGAUGCUGCUCAACAACAAGCCAACUCGCAAGCCGUCAAUCCUUUCUUUCGCAAGACCGCACCUGCAAAGCAAUCAUACUACACCCCACGACUCCAGUGUCUCCUGAUGAACCAUCUACAAGAGGCUCUGCAAGACGAUCCGCUCUGUCCCAAAAAUUUCUUUAUGCACGCUCGUGUCAUAGAGGAACUCAUCUACCACAAGGAACUCGCCAUGGACAACCCCAUCCUCUAUGAAUUCGGCUUGACUUCACUCCCAGGCGUUAACCACGUAGACAUAUCUAUUUACGUGUACAAAGUUCCCGCUGGUCUAAGUGUCCGUGGCCGAAAUCACUACCGCGUUGAUGCAUUCGCAGUCGGCUUUGACGAAACCGGCUGGAUGAUCAACGGUGCGUACGGCGAUCUGUGCAGAGGUUUCUUGAGCAUGGAAUGGUAUAAUGACAAGAGCCUGUAUACCUUUGAUUGGGAUCGCAUGGAGUUCAAGGACUUGCUGAGGCUGCUAAGACGUUCAGCAAUGCGGAAUUUCGAUGAUCGUGGAAACUUGAGGUCAGCGGUGGAACAAGUGAGGGUGGAAGCGGAACUGGGAGAUUUAUAUCCUGGCCGUAUUGGACAGCCUCCUGCUCUGGCACCGAAUGCGAUGCAUACCUUUCCAAACUGGAGCCUGCCCUUGAACAACCCAUUCGUCAAUGUCCCAACAGUCAACUCUCCAUCGGUACAGUGAUUGUCUCGCCUUAGAGGGCCAUGUGGUGGAUGGCUGCAGC